UAACACUAUAAAUAAUAAUGACAAUAAUGAAUAUAACUCAUAUUUAAAACAAAUUCAAAAUAUAAUUGAAGAAGAAAAAAUGAAUAAAGUUGAUAUGUUAUAUAAAUAUUGUAAAAAUAAUAUUAAUAUUUUAUUAUAUAUAUAUGUCAUGCAUAUAUAUAUAAAUAAAUUAUGUAAAAAUAUUAUUGUAAAAAUUCUAAAACCUAAUAUUAAAUAUGGAAAUAAAACAAAAUAUGAUCAUACAGAUUUUAUUUUAUCUCCACUUAUUGGUUAUUCAUAUUCUAAAUUCUAUAGACUUAAAUUUAAUUACAUGAAUAUACAAUUAACAUCUGAUGGAAAUAUUGAUAGGAGAUAUAAACUAGCCAAAGAACAUUUAAAAAAUAAACAAGAACAAAAAAAAAAUAUAAAAAAAAAAAAAAAAAAAUUUAACCAAUUAAAUUGUAAUAAUAAAGAAUCUGAUACACAACUAAACCUAUCUAGUGAUACAGAUAUAUAUGAUAAACGUUUAAAACUUAAAAAAGAUAAAAUCAUAAAAUCAAAAUGUCAUAUUAUCAAAAAAGACAACAAAUGCAAUUACAAAAAAAAUGAAUUUUUUACACAAGAUGAUAAAGAUGACAAGGAUGACAAGGAUGAAAAAGAUUCAUCUAAAGAAUAUUUUCUCUCAAAUAAUUAUAACAUUAAUGAUGAUACAGAUUCCACAAAAAAAAGUUAUAAUGAAAAUAUUAAUUUUUAUUUAUGGGGAAUAUUUAAUUGGGACUAUAGAAAAACACUAAGAGUAUCUUUAAAUAGUAUAUCAAAUAAAAAAAUAAACAACUUUGACAUUUAUAACUUUUUCUUUUACAAUUAUGAUACCAUAUCAAAUCUAAAUGAAAUAAAUAAGGACUUGGGUAUUCUUAUAGAUAUUUAUAAAAGUAUUAAGAAUAUAUUAUAUCAAAAUUUAUCUUUAUAUGGAGAUUUGCUUUUAUUGAAUGCACCAUAUAAUAUGACAAGAACACAUACUGAUGAAGAGUUGAUAUGUUUCUGGCUUAAAACUUUAAAUCAGUUGUAUCUAAUCAGGGACGGCUUUUCAAAUUAUUUUAAAAAUUUUUAA